AUGACCAAAAGAACGAAGAAGGCUGGAAUUGUCGGCAAAUAUGGUACAAGAUAUGGUGCAAGUCUUAGGAAGCAGAUCAAGAAGAUGGAAGUGAGUCAGCACAGCAAGUACUUCUGCGAGUUCUGCGGAAAGUACGCCGUGAAGAGGAAAGCUGUUGGCAUUUGGGGUUGCAAAGAUUGCGGCAAAGUGAAAGCAGGCGGUGCAUACACCAUGAAUACUGCUAGUGCUGUGACGGUUAGGAGUACCAUUAGGCGGCUGAGAGAGCAAACCGAGAGCUAG